AUGCGACAUGCUCCCGCAUCUGAUGGGGAAAUCCCACGUCUCGAAGUGACGGAUUUUGCAGACGUCUUUCGAAGUUCUCGGGCAGUGCAUGCUAUGCCGCCAGAAGUCCGCACGGGUGAACCAAUAGCAGAUGAUCCAUUCAAACUCUCCUCGGAUUAUGCGUAUACGCCACGGAAACUGAAAGUAUUCACCAUUGGUGCCGGGUUCUCUGGCUUACUCAUGGCGCAUAAAUUCCAGCACCGCUUUCCAGAAAUGCGGGACAUUGUCGACCAUACAAUAUUCGAAGCUUUGCACGAUGUUGGUGGGACUUGGCUCGUCAACAAUUAUCCGGGCGUCCAAUGUGACGUUCCAGCGCAUAUAUAUGCAUUUCCGUUCGACCCAAACCCUGAUUGGCGUCGCUUCUAUGCCAGCGGUGCCGACAUUCUUGACUACAUUAAGAGAACUGUCAGGAAAUGGAAUCUGGAUCGUGAUCUUAAACUGAACACGAGAGUUGUCGGCGCGCAAUGGCAGGAAGCCCUUGGACAAUGGAAAGUCACCGUGGAACACGAGGGCACGCAAAGAGAAGAGUACUGUCAUGUCCUGAUUUCCAGCCAAGGGGUGCUUGUUCAUGAAAACUGGCCCAGUGUCCCUGGCCUCCGAGAUUUCAAGGGACAAAUCACACACUCGGCGCGAUGGGACCACAGUUACGACUACUCGAACAAGCGGAUCGCAGUCAUUGGAAAUGGUUCGUCUGGAAUCCAGAUCGUACCCCAAAUGACCAAGCUCCCAGGCACCACGGUCAAGAACUUCAUCAGGGGCCCAGCUUGGGUGUACUAUCGUGCUCCCCCAUCCAAGCAUCUUGGAAGGGACUUUGAUGAUCCCAACCCCGAGUACACAGAGGAAGAGAAGAAAAAGUUCCAGGACCCGGAACAACAUCUCUUGCAUCGCAAAGGCAUCAUCUCAAGAACCAACAAGUCAUUCUACAUCUUCAUGAAGGGAGAAAAUAAUAAGGAAGGCAUGAAACUAGCUGCGGCGCAGAUGGCCGAGAAGUUGAAUCACGACCUGGAUCUGUGCCAAAAGCUGAUACCCACGUGGGAGCUUGGCUGCCGGCGUAUCACACCAGGACCUGGAUACCUAGAAUCAUUCCUCCAGCCAAACUGCCACUUGACCAACAGUCCGAUUACCAAGGUGACCGAAAAUGCCAUUCAUACAGCCGAUGGCGAGGCGUUUGAGUGCGACGUUCUCAUUUGCGCAACGGGAUUUGACGUGUCGCACCGUCCACGAUAUCCCCUUGUUGGCUUGAACAAGGAGACGGAUUUGCGAACGCAAUGGGCUGACGAUCCAGAGUCGUACAUUUCCGUGGCCAUUCCCGAGUAUCCCAACUACUUCAUGAUGAUGGGGCCCAAUUGCCUUGGUGGUCACGGCUCACUGGUUGAAUCCUUGAACUGGACCGGAGACUAUUUCGUCAAGUGGAUAAAGAAGAUGGCGACCGAGGACAUCAAGUACAUUCAUCCAAAGAAAUCGGUGACCAAGGCUUUCAUAAGGUACGGUGAUGAAGUCCACAAGACGUUGGUCUGGACGGGCAACUGCAGCAGCUGGUACAAGCGAGGCAAGGUCAACGGCAGGGUGACGGCGUUGUUUGGUGGCAGUGCGCACCUCUUCCACCGGAUGCUCAGCGAAAUUCGCGCCGAGGAUUUCGAAAUCACCUACAACACCGCAAACCCCUUCAGAUUCAUGGGCAAUGGGUUCACAGCGUUUGAGAUGGAUGAGAGUAGCGAUCUCUCGUGGUAUGUGGAGACAGCCGAGGUGCCCGAAAGUGGGAUCGAGUGA